AGCACGUGGUGUUGAACUUGAAAAGAAAGUUGGUGACGUUGCCCAUACGAUUUUCCCUCUACUUUUUCAAACUCUACUCAAUGCUGAUCGAAUUUUCACAUUAAAUCGUAAAGACUAAUUCUUUCAUUUCUCCCGUUGUUGCAUGAACUUCAACGGAACUACUCGUACUCGUCCUCGUCAAGCACCAGUAAGUGUAAGAAGUGAAGAAUUAUGGCGGGAAUCAGCCGUAGCUUGGUGGCUCGACGCAGAAGACGUCCUCGAGAGGCCGCUCAUGAGGACGAUGAUAAGACACGACAUUCUAGUGCUAGAAGAAGAAAGGUGAUCCACCUUCGAGUAAGAGGUCGAGGAAAGCGUUCUUGGUUUGCUACGUGUGCAGUGUCGUUUCUCCAAUACCAAUGUGGUAACGUGCCUUGCACCAUGUGGCAACAGGGUGCCGAAGCGGCUCCAGCGCCGCCACAGCCAACGCCUGAGCGGACACAGCUGCAGCAUCCCUGCAGUCGAGUUGUGUCGCGUCGCGUGCGGUUUGAAAUCGAGAAACAGAUUCUUCAGGUAAGUACUCAUCUACGACUACAAUGUGGAUUUUGGUAGUCAGUAUAAAACCUCCUAUGUAUUUUGUAAAGUACCCCGUCUGCACACAAGUACGCAGAUAAGCUGUUGGUCCUUAUAAAUAUAUAUUUAUAUUUAUAAUGAUACCAAGCAAUUUAUCAAUCUCAGCCCGCCCUGAAAGCCGGUUACACCUUCCCAGCCAGCUGCGCUUUCAUGAACGACCUUUAUUCGGAGCAAGAGAAGUUCAAAAAAAGACUCCGAACUGCUGGGAAAGCGCCAUAUGCAAAUUGGGAGUGCUUGAUUUGUGGGAAAAAGUUUAGGUCGGAGCAUUACAUAGACCUCCACAUGGAGAGGGUGCAUAUGGAGGAAUUUGCUACCAGGAAUUCUACAACGAAUGUCGGAGCAGGGGUUAAGGUGGCUAAAGGUGGUAUGAAGAAAUAAUUGUAGUUUGGUGAUUUUGAUUUAAUCCGUUGUUUCAUUUCGAAAUGAAGAGAUUGAGAUUCACAUUUUUUUAAUUGAACUCCGUACCGAGGAAGUUUUGCUUGUAGUACUCACUAGAUGCAUUAUUUCUUUGUAGUUGUUAGCCUCCCCACCCAGACAGACAUGUUGCUUUUAUAUUCUCACUGCUGUUGCCGGGUCCGCGAGGAGCUGUAGCGCGGAUUACUGCGACCUCUUCGAGAUCUGCCCACCAGAUCACAAGAAAACUUGGAACGCGGAAAACUUGCUAAAGAUAGCAUCGACGCCGAGCAGUUCGUCAUCUUCGUCGAGUUAUGAUUUAGUAUCUCUGUGGUCGUUCAACUUCAAUCACUCACGACAGUGAGAGUAGAAGUUCGAUGACGACGAUGCCUAUGUAGUUUUCUUUUGCUAGAUCCUAAAAAUGACUCUAAUUUCCUUCGGCCGGAACAACUGGAGCAGCAGACGCCAAAAGCCUUGCAGAAGGAGGCGACGCCAAGACGGAAGAUGACAAGCACAAAUGCAUGCAUCUCGCUGCCGCUCGACAACAGUGUGAAGACACCUUGUUGCAGUGCUUUCCUGUUGCUGGUGUAGACGCAGUCUUCAGAAAAAUGAGCGUCGAGUUGCGCAGAAAGCUGUGCGCGCCGAUCGAUUGCCAUGCGCGGUCACACAAGAAAGAAGAAGAAAUAAGGCUCAAAUUGGAUGGGGACGAUAAUUCAUUUUCAUUUUGAUUUUUUUAGUGAAUCGAACCAGUAAGAACUAAGUUCCUCUCAUUACAGUUUUUUGUCCCACUUGUCCUUACCCUUAAAAACCAUGUUGUAUAUACUCUAACAAAGGCAUCGCGAACCAGCGGGUGGCUGCUGAUGUUGGGCCUCGUCUUUGCGGUUUUGGGUAAUAUCGGCUUUACACUUUAAUUCGACGCAGUUGAAACUAUCAUUGCGGUUUUUGUAAUAUCGGCUUUACCUUUAAUUAUACGCAGUUGAAACUAUCGUUGCGGUUGUGGAUAAUAUCGGCUUUACUUUUAAUUAUAAUAUAUGCAGUUGAAGAAGUCGUUAGGGAAAUCUUAGGCAGAUUGCCAAAGGGAUUCGCGCCAUCAUAAACAGUUGAAGAAACUAGGACAAUGCUGGAGUAGGAUUGCGUCACCAAAUGCGCACUACAUCAACACUCCUCAAGAACUAUCCUCUCAGGCACAUCAGUCAAUCAAUCAAUCUACACAACGAACACUAGGUCUAUUCGUCCUGAUGUUUUCGGCAGUUGA